UUUUUUAGAUGAAAGAAAGCAGUUUUGGUGAUGUGAUUUACAUGGCGGUCAAAAGAGAGGUUGCUAUCAAAAAUUACACCAAGAUUUCGGAUGUUAGAAGACGGAGACAAAGUGUCAUUAUCAAUGCGAAAGGGAAGAGAGCGAGGGAUGGGAGGAGAGGGAACGUCAGAGAGAGAGGGAGGUUCAGACAGCAGAGUCCUCAUAGUGUAGCAGCAUCUCUCCAAACCGACACACCGAAUCCAAACAAAGAAGCCCGACGGUCCGACGUCACCACGGCUAAAGAAGCUGCAGACGCUAAAAAGUCAAGGUUGCUGUCCAAAAUGUCUGGCAUGAAGGAACAGCAGUUUAUUGAGGAGAAACCUUUACUUCCUGAAACCAGAGGCCAAGAAACUGAGAUGCAGACGGCAGGAGCGAGUGUGAACGCAGGGCCUCCACCCCAGCCAGCACGGCCCGCCCGCAGGUGGCAUGACCUCGCCCGGCACUGGCUCGGCGUGACACGCCGCCAUCGGACCAGCGGGUACAUCCUGGAGAACUGUGAGACCCCUGUACCUGUAGGAGACUGGAAGGAACAUGACAUCGACACCCCAUACGGGAUGCUGCACGUGGUGAUCCGUGGGGCUCCUAAGGGAAACAAACCUGCCAUUCUCACCUACCACGAUGUGGGACUGAACCACAAGCUGUGCUUCAACACCCUGUUCCAUAACGAGGACAUGCAGGAGAUCACCAAGCACUUCGUGGUUUGUCACGUCGAUGCUCCCGGCCAACAAGUCGGAGCCGCUCAGAUGCCAGCAGGGUACCAGUACCCCACCAUGGACCAGUUGGCGGGCAUGCUUCCCAGCGUCGUGCAGCACUUCGGAUUUAAAAGCAUUGUGGGUAUUGGAGUCGGAGCCGGUGCCUACGUCCUCGCCAAAUUCGCUCUGAUCUUUCCAGAGUUGGUUGAAGGUCUGGUCCUGCUCAACAUCGACCCCAAUGGAAAAGGCUGGAUCGACUGGGCCGCCUCCAAACUGACCGGGUUGACCAGCGCUCUGCCGGACACGGUCCUGCCUCACCUCUUCAGCCAGGAGGAGCUGAUGAACAACAGUGAGCUGGUGCAGAGCUACCGGCAGCAGAUCAACAACACCGUCAACCAGUUCAACCUGCAGCUCUUCUGGAACAUGUACAACAGCCGUAGAGAUUUGGAGAUGAACCGCAGCGGGACCGUGAUCAAUGCCAAGACCCUCAGAUGCCCCGUGAUGUUGGUGGUCGGAGAUAACGCUCCAGCAGAAGAGGGAGUGGUCGAGUGUAACUCCAAGCUGGACCCGACCAACACCACCUUCCUGAAGAUGGCCGACUCAGGUGGACUGCCCCAGAUCACACAGCCUGGAAAACUGACGGAGGCCUUUAAGUACUUCCUGCAGGGGAUGGGCUACAUUGCGUCUAUAAAGGAUCGGAGGAUGAGUGGCGGGCCAGUGCCGUCGGCCAGCAUGACCCGCCUGGCCCGGUCCCGCACGGCCUCGCUGACCAGCGGCAGCUCCCUGGACGGAUCCCGCAACCGGGCGUGUGUUCACUCGGACAGCACCGAGGGCGUCGGCCAGCUCAGCCACACCAUGGAGGUGUCCUGCUGAGCACGUAUACGCUUCAAACACACACGCUAACGUACACCUACAUAUAUAUAACACACACACACACACACACACACACACACAGAGGGCAUGAGAUAGCACUAGUUCCCUUCAUCUCGUGCUUCAUCUGUCUGUGUGUCGAUGUUCUAUUAACUGUAAAAUGUUGAUCGAUCCUCAAACUGCUGGUUUUUCCUGAUCGUUCAUUCAUUCUCGGCUGGAUAAAUGGUGGUGUGUUGUUUUUUGCUCCUGUGUUUCCCCUUCUCCUCCUUCUUUACCUGCAUCCUUCUCAGACUACAACUCCCAUCAGCCCCUGCUCUGUGUGUUCAAAUGCAUCUUGUAAAAUUUUGCGCUUCCAUUAAAGUGGUUACAACCGUUGGAACCCUGCUGCUCGACAA